GAGAGAAAGAGAGAGAGAGCAUACAUUAUUAAAACUGAACCAUCACUACCAACACUUGGAACGGAACAACUUCGGGAAUGGCUUCUUCCCAAGCAACGAGGCCGGCCUGGACCGAGCUGCCACCGGAGCUCAUCAAGAUGGUCUCCGACAAGAUGAUCGACAUCUCCGAUUACGUCCGCCUUCGUGCCGUCUGCAAGUCGUGGCGGUCUGCGGCGCCGCCAUCGAGCUUCGCUCAACGCAUACCGUGGCUGCUGCUUCCUUACAACCCCGACAGUGGCGCUCGCUCGUUCUUCAGCCUCUCCACCCACCAAAUCUACAGCCUCAGCUCGCUGCAACUCCGAGGACGAGUCACCUACGGGUCUUCCCAUGGUUGGCUCCUCACGAUGGACCGAUCCUUCUCCGUCUCCCUCCUCAACCCGGUCACCAACGCCUUCGUCCGCCUCCCUGCCAUAACUCGCCUCCCCGACUUCACCACCUUCCACUUCGAACGCCACGAGGACGGCGAGUACAUCUACCGCAGGCACGUCGGCGUCAGCGGGAAGGUCAACUACGACAUGAUACAGCACAUACUGCUCUGCUCCGCCUUCGCUGCGCCGGGCGAAGGCGCCGGCGACUGCAUCGUGACCGUCACCAGCUACUUGUCGCCGCGGUUCCUGUGCUGCAGGUGGGCGGACGAGGCGUGGACGUUGGUCGACUCCACGUUGACCUGCGGCAUCGACUCCCUAACCAUGUACCGUGACAAGCUGUACCUCGUCGGGAUCGAUGGGAGCGUGGUGGUCUGCGCCAUGGACCCUCGGCUGCGGGCUGAGCUCGUCCCCUCGCUGCGGGUGCCCGGGGACUUCCAUUACUGCUCCUUCGGAGUGGUGGGAGGGGAGCUGCUGCUGGUGACGAACUGCAUGCGGCGGGUGGAGGAGGGCGGUGGGAUUGGGGAGAAGGCGAGCAUGGAUUUCUUCAAGCUGGACUCGGAUGGGCGGAGGAUGAGGUGGGCGAAGCUGGAGGACGACGGCGAGUGCCCGCUGUUGCUGACGGAAAACCAGGUUGCGUCGGCCGCGAUCGAGUGCGAGGGAAGGUACGCUUGCUUUCGUGCAGUUCGCGGCGAGGUGGACGAGCUGCAUCACAGGACGGAGGUGGUGCAGAUGGAGGAAGGGAGAUGCAGGUUGUUGCCUUGCCACUGGGUGACGACGACGGACGCGUUGGGACCGGCUUGGUUUACACCAACUCUAAGUUAGAGA